GCUAGCACUGAAAUCCUGCAAGAUGCCUUCUCGGCCCUCGCCGUGUUACAGAACGAAUACUACCAGAUCGGAAGAAGCACUUGGCCGUCGGCGAUAGACUGGACAGCUGCCGUGACCCAAACUGUAGUUUCGGGCAUGUUGUCAACCCUCACCAGGUCGCUCGACUUGGUCGACCCGGGCGCCACCUCGAGUUUUCAAGAAGCGCAUGAGAACCUCGUCUCGUCCGUGUACGAUCAAAUCAUUGGCUAUUAUUAUGGGCAGGACAUUGUUGCGAUCAAAGACGAGGCCUUUGAUGACAUACUAUGGGUGGUGCUUGGCUGGAUAGAGGCCAUGAACUUUGCGCGACUGCACGACAGCCUCCAUUUCCCCAAAGCCGAGCACAAUCCCAACGCCACCUUGCCUACCGAUAUCCAUGUCGCUUUGGCGACGCUGCCCUGGCGGGGUCGAUUCUGGAUCCCUUCGUUCCAGAGUCGUGCUCAGAGCUUCUGGCUCCUUGGGGCCGAAGGAUGGGACACGGAGUUGUGCCACGGAGGCAUGGUCUGGAACCCGCGCCUGGAGCCCUACAAGAACGCCAUCACAAACGAGCUAUACAUCUCUGCCUCCAUCUCCAUGUACCGGCACUUUGCCGACGACAGCACGGUCGAUGGGGACCCAGUGUAUCUUCAGGCAGCCAUCGAGGGCUACAAAUGGCUCGUCAACAGCAACAUGACCAACGACGCAGGCUUGUUUGUAGAUGGAUUCCACAUUGGCGGACUUGCGGACGGCAAUAUUGAGUGCAAUGUCCGCGAUGAGAUGGUGUACACUUACAACCAGGGCGUGCUGCUCACCGGCCAACGAGGGCUAUGGGAAGUGACUGGGAGUCCUUCAUACCUAGCGGAUGGCCAUGAUCUUAUUCAAGCAGUUAUUAACGCCACUGGCUGGGAUCUGGAGACGAACCAACCAAUCGACGCAGUGGGUGUGCCCUCGGAACUUCCUAGAUGGAGAGGCCUUGGUCGGGGCGGCAUUCUAGAAGACGCGUGCGAUGCAAGCGGCACAUGCUCCCAGGACAGCCAAACGUUCAAGGGCAUCUACUUUCACCACCUGAACGAGUUCUGUCGACCCUUGGAUCGGAACAGUUUCAAGGAGCACAAGUCCUUCAACGUAAACAGUUUCAAUUCCGUCAAGGCAGCUCACAGAUCGGCCUGCCAGGCGUAUCUCGGGUGGAUCAAGCACAACGCCCUGGCAGCGUUGGAGACUCGAGAUGCACGAGGCCGAUUUGGCAUGUGGUGGGGUGCAGGACUUGUUGGCAACAGCAUCGCCGUGUCUUCGCAAGGCGACGGGAUCGAUCACGAUGCCGCAAACACUACCGACUAUCGCAAUCAUGGGACUCCUCAAGACGACAUCUGGGGGCGAGCGUCGAGAUGGCUGCCAGGGCCUCAGAAGGGAGGACAGAUGCCAAGGUCGACGGAUCCUAAUGAUCGCGGCAGGGGGCGGACGGUGGAAACGCAGGUGGGAGGACUGGCCUUGCUCCGCGCAUACUGGGAUGUUUCG